AUGUCGGGUCAUUAUUACCCACAAGGUCAACCUCCGUACGGCGGCUCACCUGCUCAAAACUACCAGCCUUACAACGCUCCCUCGCCGGCGCCUUACUCGAGGGCCCCUCCGCAACAGCAACCGCCUUACCCCGCACAGCAACAGCAACAGCAACAAGGCUACUCGCGACCUCCACCGCCGCCACCCCAAGGUCAGCCCUAUGGAUCUUCGGGAUCGGCGUACCCUGGACAGCAACCGCCUUACCCUGGUCAACAAUCACAAUCACCUUACCCUGGUCAACAGUCGCAGUCGCCCUACCCAGGACAGCAACCACCUUACCCUGGACAACAAUCUCAAUCGCCGUAUCCUGGACAACAGCCACCUUAUCCUGGACAGCAGCAGCAGCAGCCUUCCUAUAACCAGGCACCUUAUCCUCCUCAGGGUGGCCCCGGUGGUGCUCCUCAAGGUGCGCCGUACGGCGGCCAGGGACGCCCUGGUCCCUCGCCCGGACCUCAGGGUGGACAGCAAUAUGGCGCGCCCGCUGGUCAGUAUGGAGCUCCCGGCGGCGCCCCUGGACCUCAGGGUGGACCCGCGACACCACAGCAGAUCGAUGCCUAUCGUCGUCUGUUAGAGGAUACUAUCCGAGAGAAGCAGCUGCAGAGAUUCUAUCCUCAGGGAUCCAAGGCCCUGGAUGGUCUCGUUCAAUUCCUCGGCAAUGAAGCCCCCGGCCGGCUGCAGCGCAUCGUGCAUGAGCUGAAUGUGCCGAUGGAAGUGGCCACUGAUCUGAUGAAGCUCGCACUGUUCGAUAUCAUUCUCUACGUGGAUGACAGCGGAUCCAUCGAAUUCGAAGAGAAGGGUCUUCGCAAGGAUCAGCUGCGACAGAUUCUGAGUAUCGUGGCGACCGUGGCCUCGACUUUCGACCAGGACGGUAUUGAGGUGCGCUUCAUGAACUCCAUGGAGGAAGGUCACGGAAUCCGGAGCCCCGAUGAUGUGGAGCGUCUCGUCUCUCGUGUCCGCUUCUCCGGCCUGACUCCUCUGGGCACCAGUUUGCGCCAGAAGGUCGUGGACCCCUUGGUCGUCGGCCCCGUUCGUUCCGGUCGUCUCCAGAAGCCCGUGCUCAUCAUCACUAUUACUGAUGGCCAGCCCGCGGGUGAGGCGCACAGCACCGUUCGUGAUACUAUCAGCUACGCUGUCCGCGAGGUUCAGCGGGCUCAGUACAGCACCGGUACCGUCAGCUUCCAGUUCUCGCAGGUCGGUAACGACACUCGUGCGCGGGAGUUUUUGGCGGACCUUGACGAAGACCCGGAGAUUGGACAGUUGAUUGACUGCACAUCGAACCUUGAGGUUGAGCAGGAUGAGAUGUCCCGAGCUAACCCACCCGUGCACUUGACUCGUGAGCUCUGGUGUGCCAAACUUAUGCUGGGUGCUAUCGACAGCUCCUACGACACCAAGGACGAGAAAGCUGAGAGGCGCAACAACCCCGGUGGCCCUCCUCAGGGACCUCCCCAGGGCUCGUAUGGCGGAGGUGGCUAUGGCCAGGCACCUCCUCCCCAGGGUGGCUACAAUGCUCCCCCCUCGGGCUAUGCUCCCAACUCGUAUAACCAGCAGCCCGGUUAUCCCCCACAACAGCAGCAGCAGCAACAGCAACAGCAACAGCCUCCCUACCCAGGUGCCAACCGAGGCAACCCUGGUGGAUAUGGCCAGCCCCCGCAAUAUGGAUACGGUGCUCCCCCACCCGGUGGACCAGGAGGUUAUCCCCCCGCAGGAGGUUAUGGACAGCAGCCACCCCGUCGGUACUAG